AGUAGUUAAGAAGGCAGCCAGGAACUUUGCAGAGGUUUUGACUGAGCUUUAAGGCUGUAGGGAGGAAAAGAACAGAAACACAACAAAAAUCACUGCGAGCACAGCGAAAGUAAAGAAGUUGAACUUAGGAAACUGUGAAACGGAGCAUGGUGCAGCAGACGGAGAGCAGCAUGUCCCGGGAGGCCACGGACACCGAGGAGGCAGAACUGACGGCGUGUAGCCCGGUGCCUCCGAAGCCAGACUGGUGCAAGACAGCGAGCGGCCACAUUAAGAGACCCAUGAACGCGUUCAUGGUGUGGUCCAAGAUCGAGAGGAGAAAGAUCAUGGAGCAGUCACCGGACAUGCACAACGCUGAAAUCUCCAAACGGCUGGGAAAGCGGUGGAAAAUGCUGAAGGACAGCGAGAAGAUCCCCUUCAUCAGGGAAGCCGAGCGGUUACGGCUGCAGCACAUGGCCGAUUACCCCGACUACAAGUACAGACCCAAGAAGAAGCCAAAGCUUGACAACUCUUCAAAGCCGACCGGGCUCUCGCCGGAGAAGAGCGGCAGCAAAGCGGCGGUCAAAGCACCGGCAAAGAAGUGCACGAAAGUUAAGCCCAGCAAGCCCGGCAUCGGCGUCACCGCCAACGCAAAGCCCUCUCAUCACCAAGAUGUGAGGUACAACUAUGUAUUCACGAACUUAAAAGUGACCAAGUCCGUUAAGAGGGAGCUCACGGACGACGAAGACGACGAUGACGACGACGACGACGAUGAGGACGACGACUACGAUGAUGAGCUGCCCGCUCGGAUUAAAGUGGAGGAGGAAGAGGACGAGCACGAGCAGCAGAGGCUGAGGCCGUACGGCGUGGCCAAAGUGCCGGCGAGUCCCACGCUGAGCUCCGCCGCGGAGCCGGAGGGUGCGAGCAUGUACGAGGAGUCGAGACACGGCGGCAGACUUUUCUACAGUUUCAAGAACAUCACGAAGCAGAGCUCGUCUCACUAUCUCCCCGCCUCCUCCUCCUCUUCAUCCUCCUCGGCUUCUCCAGCCUCCUCUUUCCGCUCCUUCUCCACCUCAUCCAGCUCGGGCGACGACGCGGACGACCUGCUGGUCGACUUCAGUUUGAACUUGGCCGCUGGCACCCACGGAGCGGAGCUGGGCAGCGGCUCGGGAAACCUUUGCCUUUCUCUGGUGGAUAAGGAUUUGGACUCGUUCAGUGAGGGCAGCCUCGGCUCCCACUUCGAGUUCCCGGACUACUGCACCCCAGAGCUGAGCGAGAUGAUAGCCGGCGACUGGCUGGAGGCGAACUUUUCUGACUUGGUGUUCACUUGCUAAGUAUAGCUAGGCUAGGCUAGGCUAACUCACUCCGCUAGCCGGGAAAACGACUCGCAUCUUCAGGUUUUUUUUAAAGACUCGCCUCUUUGGCCUCGUCCUCUGUCGGUGUAGGGAGAGGAACCGAAACCAGAAGUGUUUUGAGGAAGGUUUCAUCGCAAAAAAGUGACAUUUGUCGCCAUGACAGGGUUUUAUGGGUGUUAUUUUUUUCUUUCUGUGAGGGGCCGCAGUGAAACUGCUAACAUGAGGUGGACGGCAAAGUGUAAAACCUGAACUAUGCAUUCACGUCCCACCACAUCUUCUCUACAGGGAGCUGAAACGCGGCUGCUGGUCUGAAAAAGGAGGCAAAAUCUGAAACACUGUUCAGGAUGUAACUUUUUCUCCGAGGUUUUAUGUGAUUUCUGUACUCCACAACUGUUUGUUUUCUAACCGGUUCCGUUUCCCUCCAGGUGUGGAGAUUAAAAAAAAAAA